AUGUGCGAUAAUUAUUGGGUUUCUAGUCAAUACAAAUGGCAACAAAAUCAAUAUUACAAAAAACAACAGCAAUCAAGUACAUCUCAGCAAACUCAACCUUCCGCACAACAAUUUGAUACUCACGAUGAUUCACAAUUUAAUUUAUUUGAAAAACAACUUGUUCUCAUGCAUUGUAUGAGAGUAUAUUUGCGUGAUGUUGGAAAAAAGGUCAAUGCUCAUCAGAGAGUCAUUGCAACAGCCAUGAUUUAUUGCAAACGAUUUUAUUGUCAGAAUAGUAUAUCGGACUGUGAUCCUGCACUGCUGUCAGCGGCAGCAUUAUUGUUGGCAAGUAAAAUUGAGGAAUGUCCACUGAAUGCCAAGAACAUACAUCAAAUUGCAAUGGGAAAGGAUUCUCCUUCUCCGAAUUAUGAUACCAAAGAAACUAGUGCACAAUUUCCAUAUCAAUUAUCACAAAUUAUUGAAUGUGAACUUUACUUGAUGGAACAACUCUCGUUUAAUUUAACUAUUUUUCAUCCGUACAAUUCUCUCAUCAUGUAUGUGAAAGAUUCUGAGAUUGAAAAAGCUCACUACCAAAUGGCAUGGAAUAUUGUCAACGAUAGCUAUUUUUCGGACGUUGUUCUGAAAUAUGCCCCCUAUUUAAUUUCUCUUACCUCCAUCUACAUGACAUGUAUUCUCACUGACAACAAAGAAAAGGCAAGAAAAUGGUUUGAUCAGCUCUAUGUGGACAUGAAAGUAAUUGGUGACAUUGCAGAUGAAAUUCUAACCAUGUACUCCCUUGUAAAGAAAAUGCUUGACCCCCAGAGUGAUGUACAUAAAACACUGAACCAAGCUCUGUUAAGGCUGCAACAAAUGAGGCAACACUGCUAUUGGGGAACGCCCUAA